CACGCGCCGCCCGUGCUUUUCGAUUCGCACGGGAUUUCCGCGCCGUCGGCAGGGAAGCAUCGCAACGCCUGUGUUCCAUAUGUUAUAUACCCUGGACAGGACCAUGUCUGCCUCGCGCGUUGCCUCGCUCCUCCUGUGGGCUCUUCUCCGGCUGACUGUCGCGCGGAGGACCGGUGCUGAGGAUGCAGAGAUUUUGGAGAAGAUCAGCAGCGCGAGGUGCACCUCGCGCUGCCUCACCUUGCACAUAACUCAGCUCGCAGCCACGUUCAAACGCCUUCAGAGUGAUGAAGUUCUGGGCUGGUGUGAAAAUCACAGAAGAUGUUCUCAGUGCCUACAACCGUGCAAGGAAUUAUGGGAAAGAAGAAGCGCGCUUUCUCAUAAGGUCUGUGAGAAGCACCACGAGUGCAUUACCAGCGCGGAGUUUCUGCUGUUGCUGCAGUCCCAUAAGCAAGGUGAGUGCCCCUCACCCCAGAGGGCCUCGGGCUUCGCGGCAGCCUGUGUGGAGAGCUGCAGCUCCGACCGGGAGUGCUCCGCCUCCAGGAAGUGCUGCUCCAACACCUGUGGCCACACCUGCCAGGCUCCUGCCAGCCUUUACAAAGGUGUCCCACUGAGGCCGAGGAAAGACAUGACCUUUGUGGAAGACCAGCAUGGCCACGUGCAGGUGUCCUGGAUGUCCAAGUUCAAUGUGUCUAUGGAGGCAGUGCUGUAUAUACUGCAGAAAAGAUGGAAUGAUGGGAUUCACCCCAGUGAGGACGACGCCUCACCCUGGCACACCGUUCUGAUGACCAUGGAGGACCGGGCCGUGCUGAAGGACGUGUGCCUCCACCGGUGGUACCAGUUCCGGGUCUGCGCGGUCAACAGCCAUGGAACCCGGGGCUUCACCACGCCCAGCAAGCACUUCUCUUCCACCAGAGACCCGUUUCCUCCUGAGCCGCCACAGAACCCCCGGGUGGGCAACAACACCGUGCUCGGCGAAGGCACUGUGGGCGUACAGCUACGCUGGGACCCCCCCGCCCGUGCUGACCUGCCCCUCCACCACUACAAGGUGACCUGGAGCACGCGGCGUUCGCCCGCAGGGGGCGUGAGCUGGAAGGAGAGCGGCAGGGUUGUGGAUGGGACUGUGACUGAGACAGAGCUGCUGGAACUACAGCCAGACACAUCCUACGUAGUGCACAUCCAGGCCGUCGCGUUCUGGGGACAGAAGCGUCUGAAGAGCGGCCGUGCUCGCCUCUCCUUCAAGACGGCCGCCCACUCUGCAGUCUCCCCGCCGGGCCGCGGGACACUCUCGCGGGACGUCUCCAACGAGCUGCCCGCCUCCCGCGCCUCUCCCGGCGUCCUGCGCCUCAAGACCGCCGCCCCUCAUUACCACGACAACCAGCUGCAGGUCAAAGUGUUCUGGAAGAGUCGACUCCCAGAACACCAGAGCGGUCCCGGUUCCUACCUUUUGAGUUGGUAUCCAGAGGUAUGCGCUAAUAACGUGACCAGGAAAGAGCGGAAGGUAACGGUGCAGGGCACCUAUUUUGUCAUCACAGGCCUCCUCUAUGCCUGCAAGUACAAAGUGUCUGUGAAGGCCCUGUCUGCACCCGAGCAGACGCCAGACACCCUGACCUCCUUCACCACGCCACAGUGUUCAGGACUGAGGGGCCGACGGAAGAAACCGCCACCCUGUGUCCAGGAGCGCCAUCUGCAGGCACAGAAAGCACUGCCACGCCCUGAGAAGCUGACAGCAGUGUUUCAGACAGUAAAUGACUGCCUGGAGGGCCUGUUUAGCUGGCGGGUGUCCGAAGCUGCUCCGGGUCACACACCCAGGACGGGGUUUCGGUUCUCCUGGGUCAAAGUGUCCAGCAGCUCUGUGAAUGAUUCGCCCAACACUUUCAUCUCCGAGACAAUAAAUCUGCCCCCUGGUCAGCUCUCCCUGAGAGUCGGACAACUGCAGCCGGAGAGUGUGUACGAGGUGCAGGUGCACGCGCUCUCUGAGGCAGGCAGUGGCCCUUCUGUGGCUCGGACAUUCCAUACUCCUCCGCCGCUCAACAACACUGCGCUGUGAGUUUCUUGCCCAGUCUCAUGACGUGGUGUGUCUCCGGUGUCGCGUCUCAUUUCCCAGUGUGCUGCUUUUCCAACCACGAUUACACUGCACGGUGACAAGAUUUAAGAGAAGGUUUUUAAACGAUUAAUCAACAAUAUAGUGAAAAUCACAUAUUUGAUCAAUUAAAUAUCCAGAGAGGUUUGAAAUAUGUACAAUGUACUCCUACUUUAACCUGUACAAACGUGGCGCACUGACGUGUGUGGUGACUAUGUGUUGUUUACUUUUGAUAUCCUGUUAGUACUGUAUUAUUUCUUUGUUAGUGUUUCAUUUGAAUUCUUGCCCACAGCUCUGAGCCUAAAAAAGGUUUUGAGUUGUGCAUGUAUUGUUAUAAGUUAUUUUUAUGCUUCACCUACUUUGAUGUUGAAAUAUUUAUUGUGAAGUGUUAAAGAGCAUGAGGCGUGUGUGGUUCUGAUCUCUGUAAUGAACCCAGUCCACUGUGUGAUGUUCCGUCCUGCCGUUACUACAGAGAAUGUAUCAGAAUGUCCUCAACAUGCACACAACACUCGUUUUCAGUUUAUUGUUGUAAAACUGAAUAACACAACACGGUAGGAUAGAUAAUGGCUACAAUUCAGACACAAAAAUUGGCUUAUACGACCUGUUUGAAACAGUUUUGCACAGGGAACGUCAUAAUGAAAGGUAAGACUACAGGGAUCUCGACAUCAUUGUUGAAGGCCCUAGUUCAAGGAAAACACCAAAGCCCUGUGUUGUCUCACGGUGUUUAUUAUAUUGUGGUAGUUUUGCUUUGUACAAAAAUGUUAUCGUUUCUGUAAAUAUUGCACUUGUGUUACUUUUGGGUUAUCAUUGUUAAAAAAUAAAUGUCAAAGUGAGUUUCAUGAUCUGACUGGUUUAAAGGAAAAGUUCGGCAAAUAAAAAUCUAAUUCAAA